CCUUGCCGCUAGAGGCGGCCGCGAAGCUGAGCGGGCCUGGUUUCCAGCCGGGCCGCUUUCCCAGCCGGGACUCAGCAUGGCUGCCCCCAGGGCCGCGGGUCUGGCAGCCGACGUGCGUCCGCUUUCCUGACAGCUCGCGGCGUCUGUGGUCUCCCUCUCUUCCCCAGGCCACUCCAGCGGACAUGUUUGCCAAGGCCUUUCGUGUCAAGUCCAACACGGCCAUCAAGGGGUCGGACAGGAGAAAGCUUCGGGCUGAUGUGGCAGCUGUUUUCCCCACUCUUGGAACCGAUCAGGUCUCUGAGUUAGUGCCUGGAAAGGAAGAGCUCAACAUUGUAAAGCUGUAUGCUCACAGAGGAGAUGCAGUGACUGUGUACGUGAGUGGUGGUAACCCCAUCCUGUUUGAACUGGAGAAAAAUCUGUAUCCAACAGUGUAUACCUUGUGGUCUUAUCCCGAUCUUCUACCAACGUUUACAACAUGGCCUCUGGUGCUCGAAAAAUUGGUUGGGGGAGCAGAUUUGAUGCUGCCAGGACUGGUGGUGCCCCCUGCUGGCCUGCCUCAGGUACAGAAGGGUGACCUCUGUGCCGUUGCGUUGGUGGGGAACAGAGCCCCCGUUGCCGUCGGAGUCGCCGCCAUGUCGACAGCUGAGAUGCUGGCCUCGGGUCUGAAGGGAAGGGGCUUCUGUGUGCUCCACAGCUACCAGGACCACUUGUGGCGAUCUGGAGACAAAUCCAGUCCACCGUCCAUUGCCCCACUGGCUCUGGAUCCCCCGGAUCUCAGUGAAGGGAAGGGAUGUGUCAAAGCCGACACUGCCCUGCAGGGCGACGUGAGGCAGCUGACCCUGGAGGAGGAGGUCCAGCGGAGGUGUGAGGAGAAGUCCCCGUCAGAAGCCACGGAAGACCCCAGCCCUGGGGGCCUGCACGCGGACCCCACGGACAGCAAGACCCUUCAGGAGCAAAUGGACGAACUGCUGCAGAGAUGCUUCUUGCAUGCUUUGAAGUGCUACAUCAGAAAGGCUGACCUCCCGUUGCUCACCAGCACUCUCCUGGGCAGCCACAUGUUCUCCUGCUGCCCCGAAGGACGACAACUGGACAUAAAGAAGUCAAGCUACAAAAAGCUCUCUAAGUUCCUGCAGCACAUGCAGCAGGAGCAGAUUAUACAGGUGCAGGAGCUGAGCAAAGGGGUGGAGAGCAUUGUGGCCGUGGACUGGAAGCACCCGAGGAUCACAUCUUUCGUCAUACCCGAGCCCUCCCCGACCUCCCAGACAAUCCAGGAGGGUAGCAGGGAACAGCCCUAUCACCCUCCAGAUAUAAAACCCCUCUACUGUGUCCCAGCCAGCAUGACCCUGCUCUUCCAGGAGUCUGGCCACAAGAAAGGGAGUGUCCUGGAGGGCAGUGAGGUCCGAACAGUCGUCAUCAACUACGCCAAGAAAAAUGACCUGGUGGAUGCAGACAACAAAAAUCUCGUGAAAUUGGACCCCAUCCUCUGUGACUGCAUCCUAGAGAAGGAUGAGCAGCACACAGUCACGAAGCUCCCGUGGGACAGUCUCCUGGGCAGAUGUUUGGAAAAAUUGCAGCCUGCCUAUCAAGUGACCUUUCCGGGACAAGAGCCCAUUGUGAAGAAAGGCAGGAUCUGCCCAAUUGACAUCACCUUAGCACAGAAAGCUUCCAACAAAAAGGUGACCGUGGUCCGGAACUUGGAGGCCUAUGGCCUGGACCCGCGCUCAGUGGCUGCCACCCUCCAGCAGCGAUGCCAGGCUAGCACCACCGUCACUCCUGCCCCGGGGCUCAAGGACAGCGUGCAGGUUCAGAUCCAGGGCAAUCAGAUCCACCACCUUGGCCGGCUGUUGCUCGAAGAGUAUCGGCUUCCUCGAAAACACAUCCAAGGCCUGGAAAAGGCCCCUAAACCUGGCAAGAAGAAAUGACAGACUCUUGUUUCAUGUGGUUGAUCCAGUGGAAAUCCAGGCUCUGGGCUGGUAACUUAUAUGAGUAUUUUGUUUUUGCAAAUUAAAAAAACUAUAUAUAUAUAUAUAAUUCUUUACCAAAAUAAAUUUUUAUUCUAAUCAGAA